AUGUCUUUUAACUCACCAUUUUUGGAAUUCUUCGACGCUAUCAACCAAGAGGUUGACCAAUUUAACAGAUUGUUGAAUUCGAGUGGAGUUGUUGCUCCAAAGAAAAUUGAAGGUAAUUAUCCUGCUGAUUCGAGACAGGUCGCAAAACAGUCCAAGAACAAUAGUAACUCAUUAUCAAACUGGUUCAAAGACCCAUGGUUUGCUGACCUAGGUCAAAAUUUGAUUCCUCCUUUGGACAUCUUGGAUCAUGAAAAGGAAUACGAAGUUCAUGUUAGCGUCCCAGGCAUCAAGGAAAAGAAAGAUAUUAACUUAGAGUACCACAAGGAUGCCAAUGAAAUCGUCAUAUCAGGUGAGAUCCCAGACGUGACAACUGAGGAGACCAAAGAUUCUGCAAAGAUAAGAGAAAGAAGAUAUGGUAAAUUUAGCAGAGUUGUCAGAUUACCAGAUUCCCCAGGUAUCGACGUUGAAAACAUCAAGGCAAACUACACUAACGGUGUCUUAGUCUUGAAUGUUCCAAAAUUGAAACCUACUGAAGAGGAUAAGGCUAAGGUCUAUAAGAUUGAAGUUGGCGAUGAAGCUGCUAAAUUGUAA